GACUCCGCCUCGCCGCGACCCGUUACUGGAGCCAUGGGCGGUUUCUCCUGGAAACUUUUUGUACUUUCUUUUCUAGUCGCCAAGGGGUCCUCGCAAGACUUCGGACAGACCCAGUUCAUCUGCACUUCGGUGCCAAAGGAUAUGGACUUAUGUUCCGCCACCAUGCAGAACAGCGGCCCGGCGGAGGACCUGAAGACCACGGUGAUGCAGCUGCGGGAGACGGUGCUGCAGCAAAAGGAGACCAUCAUGAACCAAAAGGAGACUAUCAGGGAGCUCACGUCCAAGCUGAGCCGCUGCGAGAGCCAGAGCCUCCCGGAGACGGGACCCGGCGGCAGGCGGCCGGGCUCCAAGAACACCAUGGGGGACGUGUCCCGCGGUCCCUCGGACACUCUGGCUCAGCUCGGACAGACUUUACAGACCCUCAAACAGAGACUUGAGAAUCUGGAGCAGUACAGCCGAGGCAACAGCACCGUGCAAGCGAACAGCCUGAAAGACCUCCUCCAGAACAAGAUCGACGACAUGGAGAAGCAGGUGCUGUCCCGGGUCAACACCUUGGAGGAGAGCAAACCGAGCCAGAGGAACGACACGGACCAGCGGAACAGAGUGGAGUCCACGCUCACCUCCCUGCACCACCGCAUAACAGACCUGGAGAAAGGUGCGUCCUACAACAGACCAACAGAUAAGUUCCAGCUGACCUUCCCCCUCCGAACCAACUACAUGUACGCCAAAGCCAAGGGGAGUCUACCUGAGAUGUACUCCUUCACCGUAUGUCUGUGGAUCAAGUCCAACGCCUCGCCCGGGGCUGGGACACCUUUCUCCUACGCUGUUCAGGGUCAGUCCAAUGAGCUGGUGCUGAUCGAGUGGGGCAACAACCCCAUGGAAAUUCUGAUCAAUGACAAGGUGGCAAAGCUGCCAUUUCUCAUCAACGAUGGCAAAUGGCAUCACCUCUGCAUCACCUGGACCACACGCGAUGGGAUGUGGGAGGCCUUCCAGGACGGCGUGAUGCGAGGCAGCGGCGAGAACUUGGCACCGUACCACCCAAUUAAACCAAAUGGAGUACUUGUUGUGGGACAAGAGCAGGACACUCUGGGCGGAGGCUUCGACGCAACACAAGCCUUCGUCGGCGAGUUGGCAAACCUGAAUAUCUGGGACAGGAAGCUGUCCAUCGGCGAGAUCUACAACCUGGCAACCUGCAACAGCAGAGCGCGAGCGGGCAACGUGUUCUCCUGGACGGAGGCCAACAUCGAGGUGUUCGGAGGAGCGUCCAAGUGGACGUUCGAGCCCUGCCGCUCCCCCAACUGAACUGCAUCCCUCCGCCGGAGACCGGCGCGCCUCUCCCUUGGUUUCCCAGCUUUUGUUGUUCUCGUCUUAUUUGACAUUCGUUGACGACGGUUUGAUCUUAGUUUACUGAAACGCUUAUAUCUGGAAUUUCUAUUCGAAGCUACUUACAUAUUUAUGUGCAGAAACAAAACGUUUUCAUCUUAAGGGGGAAAGAGAAAC